CAGCCAGCUGCAAAAAUUCGCAUUCUUUCAUCAUUGUUUACCUCGUCAAAUUGCGAAAAAAUCGUGCAAAAUCAACCGGAAUUUUAUGUAAAAAUCGACCAAAACUCGUCUUCACGUACUUUUAAAUCGAAAUCAUUCCCGAAAAUGUCGCUGCGAGCAUUCAGAAUCGAGAAAAAGACACCGGUGAAGGAUCCGCCAUCAAUUUCCGAGAAUGGAUCAUCUCCCGUGACAAACGAAAAUCACACUCCCGAAAAACCCGUGCUGGACAAGGCAGAAAAGGAGUUUCGUUUGGUGUCGCUGCGCAAGGCGAAUCCCGACUACGACAUAAUGGCGAUCCAAGACGCCUUGCUGAAGAACGAAUGGGACUUGGUGCGCGCCGAAAAACACUUGAAAGAAAAUUCACGUCCCAAAAUUCGGUAUGGCGUCGUCAAAACUUCGCCAAUUUCCGCUUCAGCUGCUCUCCAAUCGCCGCCGCGUCAAAUGAAUAAACAAACGACUCCCGUAAAGUCGCAGGAAAAAGUUCCCUCGGUUGGCUCGGAAGCUCCCGAGAUCAUCAAACAGAUGCAAAUUCAUCAGUCGCAACAACCGGUGCCCGUGACGAACGGAAAUGCAAAGUCGAGCUUUCGUCGCAUCAAGAAGCCCGACUCGGAUCGCGACUCUGAGGAUGAUUUCGACGACAAACCGAGUCAAGCAGUGUUCGAUAGCGACGAAAGUGACGACGAUGCCGAGUUCAUGACGAAAGAACGGAAAGAAGUGUUCGAAUUCAUGAAUAACGCAAAAGUUACAGACUUGAUAAACGUCAAAUCGCUGUCUCAGCGAAAAGCUGACAUUCUAUUGGAGCUUCGACCAUUCACGAGUUGGCCUGAUUUGUUGUCGAAAAUGAAGGCAAACAAAUAUUUGUCCAUGGAACUGCUAAAUAACUGUCAGGAUUUCUUGUGUCGUCGCAACAAUUUGACCAACAUCAUGAAAAAAUGUCAAAAAAUCGUGAAAAAAAUCGGAAAAGCUGUCGAAAGUGGUCAAACUGUCCCGAAGCCUCCUGCUCUGUUGAGUUCCGAACUAAAAUUGAGCGAAUAUCAGCUCAUCGGCCUCAACUGGCUCGCAAUUUUGCACAAAAAUGACGUCAACGGGAUCUUAGCUGAUGAAAUGGGUCUCGGCAAAACGGUUCAAGUAAUUUCCUUUCUCGCCUACCUGAAGGAAAAUAAUUUGGCGAAACGAACACAUUUAAUUGUCGUCCCAUCCUCGACUCUGAACAACUGGGAUCAAGAGUUGUCGAAAUGGUGUCCCGAUUUGACGGUUCUCAAGUACUAUGGGAGUCAAGAUGAGCGUCGUUCGAUGCGAAUUCAGAUCGCGAAACAGGGCAUGGAUGAGGAUAUCAUGCUGACGACAUAUCACAUGAUCGGCGCCUCGAACGAGGAGAAAAAAAUGUUUCGCGUCACGAAAUUCCAUUACGUCGUGUUCGACGAAGCGCACAUGCUGAAGAAUAUGCUGAGUCAGCGGUACAUUUUGUUGCAGCGAAUCGAUGCGGCAAACCGAAUUUUGCUCACGGGAACGCCGCUGCAGAACAAUUUGCUGGAACUCAUGUCACUUUUGUGCUUUGUGAUGCCCUCGAUGUUUGCGGGAAAGGCCGAAGACAUUAAAGCACUUUUCCAAAAUAAGGCAAAGAAGGGCGAGGAAACGACUGCCGACGAGUUGGAGCAACAGCAGAUCGAACAAGCGAAGCAAAUUAUGAAACCUUUCAUUUUGCGACGUCUCAAAAAGGAUGUCUUGAGCUUCUUGCCCGCCAAAAAGGAGGAAAUUAUGCGAAUUGACCUGAAUCCGAGUCAACGUCAAAAAUACGAUCAACUCGUGCAAGAGUACAAGUCGGAAGCUCGUCUUGCGCAAGCUGAACGUGAAAUCAGUGGCAUGACAUUCCUCAUGGACUUGCGAAAACUCGCGAAUCAUCCGUUACUCCUUCGUUACUACUUCACCGACGAACAAGUUCACAAAAUGGCGAAAGCUCUCGCACGCGAUCCUUCGUACAAAAACACAAAACCCGAGGAAAUUUUCCAAGAUAUCGCUCCCUUAUCGGACUUCAAACUCUACCAAAUGGCAGAAAAACAUCACAGCUUGAUAAAUCUCGUACGAAUCCCGGACGAGUACGUUUUGGAUGCCGGCAAAUUCAAAAUUCUCGAUGAGCUGUUGCCCAAAUUGAAGGAAGAGGGACAUCGCGUUUUGAUUUUCAGCCAGUUCACGAUGAUGCUCGAUGUGAUAGAAAAAUAUUUGGAAAUACGACGUUUCGGAUUUUUGCGAUUGGAUGGGCAAACGGCAGUUGAAGACAGGCAGGAUAUGAUCAAUAUGUACAACAAAGAUCCGAAUAUCUUUAUUUUUUUGUUGUCGACACGCGCAGGCGGUUUGGGCAUUAAUUUGACGUCGGCAGACACUGUGAUCAUCUAUGACAUUGAUUUUAAUCCGUACAAUGAUAAGCAAGCCGAGGAUCGGUGUCAUCGCAUUGGGCAAACGAAGGAAGUGACAAUUUAUAAGUUGAUUGCGAAUAAUACGAUUGAUGAGGCGAUGUUGAGUAUCGCGCAGGAUAAGCUCAAAUUGGAGCAGGAAGUUACGUCAGAAGAAGCUGAGGAAAAAGAAACCCACAAAUGUGUCGUAAAACUCCUGACUCUCGCACUCGGAACAGAUGAGACUCGUGCCGAGCACAUGCUCUCUCCCAGUAAAGAAAUGCCUCUAACGAAAAAGGCUCGUCGAGAUGAUGCCGACGAUUAAGCAGUAUUUUAGUUUUGUUAUAAAAAAAAAAUUCUCAUGAUUACCUGAUUUUUAAACGUAGAUCACUUUUUUUUAAAUUUUAUUAUUAUCGAAUAAUUCACACGCCUUGCUGAUUAUUUAUUAUUCUUACAUCGCAGAUGGACAAAUAAACUUAAAGAAAUU